AUGGAGAAGGGGGAUUUUGGGGUGCAGGCUGUGGUCUGGGGGCAGUGGGGGCUGGAGGGGGAAAAAGCACACACGGUUACAGAUCACCGGGUGACCCAGAGUCUAAGAGCUGAAGAGGUGCAGCCAAAGCAGGCCAUGAGCAUCCUGGUCCAGGUCCUGCUCACCUUCCUGGUGCUGUCAGCCUGCCUGGGUGAUGUGCUCACCCUGUGGACACACACACUACGGACCAACAUGCUGAAGGAGAGCAUCCAGCUGCUGGACCAGCUGCAGCAGGUGGAGGUUGCCUGUAACAACAUGAACGUGACAAAUAUUUUUGCAGAUUAUAAGAGAGGUAACAAUAUGGAGAUCUUAUGCAAAGCUGCUACGGUUGCUCAGGAGGGCCAGAGCUGCCACAAGUACCUCGAGGGCAUUUACUACAACUUGCUCAGCCUGGUCUGGGGGAGCAGAGCAAGGCACAAGAAGCCAUGUCCUGCAGCAUCAGGCAGCACCAUCUCACUGAAGGAUUUCCUCAAGGAAUUACACCAAGUCCUCCAAGAAGAGUUUAAGAGUCAGAAGUGA